AAAACUAGUAUGUCUUGGACUUUAAUGCGUUGCGGUAGUAUUUCGUGCGGUAAAAUGUGGUACAAGUGUUAGAAAAAAGUGCGUCGCAACGCGCAACGCGGCUGCCGUUUAUAUUACUAACAAAUGUGCAAAAAUUUAUAUGUGUGAAAAAGGAAUAAAAAAAUAAUAAUUGUUAUAAAUUUAUUCGUUGUUAAUUGUGCAAUAAACUUGGCUUAUAAAUAUUUUAAAUAUGUUUUUGUGAUGAUUUAAAAAAAAAAAAUUUCAGUGCUUUUAUGAAAAGUAAAAAAUAAAAUAAAAUUUCCUUCAGCAAUUUGGGCAAAAAAAAGCGGGUAGAGUUUUUAGGUGUGGUACAAACGUUGUAAGUGAGGGGAGUAGUAACAUGGCGCCCGGCGUAUGUGUAACAAGUUUCCGUAUGCUUCUAAGGCAUAAAGCAAGUUUUGUCCGUUCGGGACGCACAAUACCCUUGGCUUGGAAUCCAUUUCGAGGAACCAUCACAGUGAACUCAUGCUACAUAAACGGGCGAAAUUACUGCUCCGACAAAUCCCUUGAAGGGAUUAUACCCUCAGGCUUUACACAAAAUGAAAAAACCGUGGAUUCAACUAUCAAUAACGUGGAAACUAAAAAAGUUGCAAGUGCUAGAAUCAAUAAGAGUACAAAUGCUACUAAAGCUAAUUUGACUGCUAACAUAAAUGAUCUAACAAAAUUUGACCCAACACAAAAAACUGUGAAUGAAUUAAGAUCUUAUUUGAAAGCACUUGGCUUAAGAGACAAAGGUAGAAAAGAUAUGUUAAUUCAACGUAUUAAAGCUCAUCAAGAGUCAGAGCAGCAACUUCAUAAUCAAGGGCAUUCAUUUUCUUCACAAGGCGAAGAAGGAAGAGAUUGUGAAGAUAUUGAAACAAAAUUUUCCACUCUUGAUGGUCAAAUUAUACAUGGUGUUGUUGAAGUUGAAUACAUACAAGGACUGCCACAUCUAACAGUACCGCUUCCUAGUAGGGACGAAAAAUGUCGGUUUGCGCUAAAGCCUAUCUCGCACAAAGUUGGCGAUCUGAUAAAUAUGUUAAAAAUUGAAGACCGUGGCAUAGAUAGAGCGAAUGUUUUUAACAAAAGCGGCAUAAGAAUUUCGUCCACGAGUAAUAUAGAAAGCCUAAUGGAUGAACCAUUUUGGUUGCAAGUAAAUGAUAAAAAAUAUGAAGUAAUUCCUCCACCCAGAGAACAAUUAAAUAGUGAAGACAUACAAAAAUUAGGAGAUAUUAAAUUAUUGGUGCUGCAACUCUAUGAAGCUCUACACGUUGGUGAAUAUCAUGUAGAACGGGAACAGGACUUAACAAAAAAACUGGAAGACUUGAAAUAUCAACUUAAGCCUCUUGAAAAGCAAAAACUGGACUUAGCUUCCCAAGCGGAACGUAAAAUAAACAUAAUGACUUGGGUUGGUCUAACUUUAAUGUCAGUGCAAUUUGGCAUAUUGGCACGACUAACAUGGUGGGAAUAUUCUUGGGAUAUAAUGGAACCUGUUACCUAUUUUGUUACUUAUGGCACAGCCAUGGCUAUGUACGCUUAUUAUUGCAUUACAAAACAGGAAUAUAACUUUAGCGAUAUUAAAGACCGCCAAUACCUCCUUACAAUGUAUAAACGUGCCAAAAAACGAAAAUUCGACAUUGAACAAUACAAUAAUCUGAAACGCCAAAUUGCCGAAAUCGAAUAUGACUUACGCCGUCUACAUGAUCCAAUGAAUCUCCAACUGCCGGCGAGCAUUAAUCGUAUGCAAGAAAAUCCCCCAUUAUCAGGCGAAUCAGAUAAAAGCGAAUACACUGCUGAUAGCUCAAAAAAAUCUGUUUUUAAAAUACCAUUUUUGAAAAAUUAGGAAAAUAUUUAAAAAAAUUGUAAAUU